AAGAGGAGAGGGGGGUGCGCUGGUGGUGUGGGGGUUUACAUGAAUAUCAGAUGAGCUUGGUUUGUGCCAUGCGGACCCGCACACACACUCAAACACACAGACACACACAGCCACUCAUCACACACACCACGCUGGCCAGCCAUAGGCUGGUGAAGACUCCCACCAUAAAAGCUGAGCAAUAGAGAGACACGGAGAGAAGAGCUCAAGAUGGAUAUUAAAGAAGAGAUGAAGGAAGAAGACGCCGCCGUGUGAGACGGCUGAGAGACACAGAGGAGAUCAAACGCUGGUGGGAGGACAGACCAGCAUCAGCAGGUUUGUGAGAGAAAGAGAGAGAGAGUAGAGAUACAAUUCUUGUGAUGUUGCGUGGGGAUGAUGCAGAAUAUCAGCGCCGGUAUCACACUCUGGGCAGCUCCACACGCCGCCUCUCCAACCCGGACAUGGAGGCGUUCGCUAAGCUCCACAAGGGCGGCGACGUGGAGCACCAGAGAAACAAAUACCCACCACAGCACGCUGCCACCCUUGUCAACACCAACUGUGCCCGACAGCAGCAACCACAUUACUGGAGUUUUAAGGCGAGGACUCCACGUAACGCUGCCGGUCUGCAGCAGCAGCAGUCGCUGGGUGAACAGGUCGGAGGGCGACUGUGCUAUGCGUCUGCGGAGAGUUUGGAGAGCAUGGCCGACGCUGAGGUUCCUCUGGGCUUCAGUCGCUCCAACAUCCUCAGACAAAGCCUGCCGCUGGCACGAUCACCCAGCCAGGCUAAACUAAGGGCUCCAGCUGUGUUGUUCCUGCAGUUCGGUGAUGAGACGCGUCGGGUGCACAUCACUCAUGAGUUGACCAGUAUGGAGACACUUCACGCCCUUAUCGUGCACAUGUUCCCACAAAAGCUGACGAUGGGUGCACUGCGCUCGCCCACCACAGCGCUGCUGAUGAAAGAUGAAGCACGCAACAUCUUUUACGAACUGGAGGAUCCUCGUGACAUCCACGACCGAUGCCUCAUUAAGAUCUACUGCAGAGAUACGCAUUAUAACCCCAUGCACCACGGGCAUAUUGCCAACGGGGACAUGCGGAGAGAGCUGGUGUACACCUCGAGGGAAUCGUCUCCCACGCGACGUUUAAACACAAUGCCGUCUUCCUCUUCUCCCUCUGGCUCUCCUUCUCGCUCACAAUCUCGUCUUUCUUACGCCGGCGGUCGUCCUUCCUCUUACUCGGGUCCCCAUCCUUCGCCCCAGAUGCAUCCUUAUCAGCACCCACACCAUGGCCACGCCCCUCAGCAGACCGGCCACCCCCACCCUGCAUACUGCCCCUCCCCCAGUGCCAUUCUGGAACGCCGUGAUGUAAAACCGGAUGAGGAAAUUAACUCGUCGUCGAAGAGCGUGGUGCUCCUCAAAAACGAAGCGAUAUACGCUGACCCGUACGCUCUCGUGCAAGAUGCCCGGGCCUUGGCGUACCGCCGCGGCUCUGUGCGCUCCAUUGCUGGCUACCCCGCCGCUGCGUUACAGUGCGAGCUCGAGGGCGCCCUCUACAGAUCCGGAGGACCCAUAUAUGCAGAUCCGUAUGCCACUGUGGGUUUCCGCACCCUUCCCCCAGCCUCACCACAAAAACUGUCUGAUGGCAGGGAUCCGUAUGGGAGCCACCCAGGUCGGGGGUCACCUGGGAGACAUGGGUUUCGUAAAGAUGGCACCGUAUACAUAGAAAGCCCCAAAAAUCGUCCAGGAGGGCCGCCGUUGGAGCAGAUAUGUAUGCUCGGGGCUCCUGGAACAGAUGGGGGGCCAGUUUACAGCUCAUCAUUACCUGGUAAUGAAGAAACCAGAGAGCGUAUGGAGGCCAUGGAGAAGCAGAUAGCGAGUCUGACUGGUCUGGUUCAGAGCGUCCUGACUCGUGGACCGGACAGCCCUGAAAAAGCUGAAACAGCGAGUGACUGCUCUGCUCCUGAAACUGGCAGGUUUAGAAAAAAGAAAGUCUCGUCGCCGUCUGCGCCUCUGGCCUUGAUGCCACCCCCACCCACUGGAGUGUCUCAGCCAAUAGCGAUGUCCCGUUUACAGAUGCAGCUGCAUCUCACCGACCUGCAGCAACAUACGGCUGGACUGCGCAAACAUCUGACAGAACUACGACAACUACAGUUGCAGAAUCAGGAUUCUGUUCAGGCUUUAUUAAGACAGACAGAGUCUGAUUUGGGAAUGUGUCUGAUCGAGGCGUCUCGGACACAGGAAGAUCCGUUACAGCGCCAGCGCCUUCUUGUGGAAGAGGAGAGGCUUCGCUAUCUGAAUGAAGAAGAGCUUAUUAUACAACAACUACAUGAUCUGGAGCGCUCUGUGGAAGAGAUGAAGACAGGGGCGGGGCUAAACCAUCACCUGAUUACAGAACAGGAAAUAGAACAGAAGAGUCUAGAACUCCGAAGACUCGGAGAGACUGUGACUGAACUCAGGAAUCAGUUCCCCACUUUGCAAAGUAAGAUGCGUGUGGUGCUGAGGGUGGAGGUGGAGGCCGUCAAGUUCCUCAAAGAGGAGCCGCUCAGAUUGGAGGCGUUGUUGAAACGUUGCAGGAACAUCACCAAUACGCUCGCUCUACUGCGGAGACAGGUGUCAGAAGGUGUAUGGAGAACCCCGGAUGACUUCAGCAGUUCUGUUUCGAGUAUGAGCGAGACUGACUUCAGCAGGAGCUCGGAUCUGGAUAUCCUCACGAGUCCUUCUCUAAAUCUGUCUGACACGUUAUCUGUCUCCACUGCACUCUCUGCUUCAUUGGGGAAUAAUCCCAGUCUGACCAGUGCUUCCAGUUUUGGGGGAACCACUAGUCUAUCUAAUGUACUCGGCUCUACCAGUAGUCUCACAGGCAGUACCACACUGGGUAACUGGUUAGCAUCAACCGGAGCAACAGACUCCAUCAUGCCUGAACUGAAUGGGACAUCUACAGGAUCAGUGAAGUCCAGCGGGCUGGAAGAUCUGCCUCCACGCAGAGAAUCUGAUAAAGGCGUUUCCGUGGAGGUCCGACUGGCCGCAGAACGAGACUGGGAAGAGAAGAGAGCCAGUUUAACUCAGUUCAGCGCUCAGGACAUCAACCGUCUGCUGGAGGAAACUCAAGCUGAAUUAAUGAAGGCCAUUCCAGAUCUGGACUUUGCCGCCAAGCAGAUCACCAAACCGGCCGUUCCCCCCAAACCCCAGCUGUCCUCUCUCCCAGCGCCAGGUUCAGCGUCUUCAACCCCGACCUUAACACCUGAACACCAACCCAAAACCCCACCAAAACCACCCAGCAAAGAUGGCAUCCCGCGCAGGGGAUCAGGAGAGUUGACCGUACCGCGGUAUCGAACAGAAAAGCUGUCCAAGUCUCCGCCCCCUCCUCCUCCCAGACGAAGUUUCCCAUCAGGCCUUGGGCUCACGACCAACAGCAGCGGAGAAGUUAUCACCAUAAACAAGAGCGUGAAGAAGUUAGAGAAGAGUGAAAACAGAGAGGAUUCAAACAUACCGAUUAACUCUCAGACGCCGCCGGUCAAACUGAGACGACCCUCGACCUCCGAUGGGCCCCGGCCCUCAUCCACACCACCGGCCAUCGCAGCUUCUGGAGUAAAGGAGGAUGAAGAUGAUGAGGAGAAGAUAAUAGCCGAGCUGGAGGCGUUUCAGAGAACUCCAGUGAAAGCGAGGCUCACGGUUCAGGCCAGAUGCCCUGCAGAGGUCUCAUCUAACAGUGUUGACAGGGCAGGCCAGUGGAUCAACAGCUCUCUAUGGAGAGAGCCUGUAGGAACUCCACCGGGCUCGGCUAAACUAAUGCAGUCGUCUGCUGCCUCUCGCCUGCGACACCUGCAGCAGAGCAGUCUGGAGCGCAAGAGCAGAAAACAACAGGAGGAGUUUCCCAAACUUCAACAGGGUCAGCAGCAGGUGCCCACCGCGUGGCGACGAUGACCCUGGAAAUCCAGGAGAGCCACAGGUGACCACUAAAUCACACAUGGAGGCAAAACCUCUCCGAGACUAAAGCACAAGGCAUCUCACAGUACUGAAGAGCUUUGACAGAGGUAUGAAUGUGACACUAAUUUCACAGUAAAGUCUCAUAAAAAGCUGCUUGGACAUUACGGAUCACGACCAAUUUAUCUACUGUAAAGUAGCAAAUGUCAAACUACAGUACAACUUGCAUAGACAUGUAAAACACUUAAAUGGUACAACAAUGCUAAAAUAAAAUGAUAAAUACGUUUUAGACACAAGCUUAAAGAAAUAUUGCACUAUCAUAAUUUACACACCCCAUGUCAUCCAAGAUGUUGUCUUUCACAGUUUACAGUUUCAAUGCAGUUUGAUAUUUCAGUUUUAAUGCAGCAUCAAAGGGCUCUAAACGAUCACAACAAAGACAUAAGGGUCUUAUCUAGUGAAACGAUUGUUAUUUUUGCAAAAGAAAGUACUUUUUAACCACUUCUCAUCUUGCACUAGCCGUGUGACGUGCCUGCACGACCUUACAUAUUACGUGGUCACGUCAAAAAGUGACGUGUUACAUAUGUGAAACGCACACUUGAGGACCAUUUUAAACAAUUAAUGGACACAAAGACAUACUACAACGUCAGAACGCUCCUCUUUCUCCACACUUGUAAACGCUAGAGCGCUAGUUUCACAUACGUCAUGCGUGAUCUUUCGACGUGAUUACGUAAUACGUAAGGUCACGCUGGCGCAUCACAAGGCUAGUGCAAGGAGAAAAGUUGUGGUUAAAAAGUACUUGAAAAUGAUGAUUGUUUCGCUAGAUAAGACUUUAAUGUCUCGGAUGGGAUCGUUUAGAUCCUUUGAAGCUGCAUUGAAACCGUAUACGGUUGAGGUUCACUAAAGUCCACUAUUUGGAAAAAAAUGUGGAAUGUUUUCCUCAAAAAACUUAAUUUCUUCUCGACUGAACAAAGAAUGAUAUUGGAUGACAUGGGGCUGAGUAAAUUAUCAGAUUUUUUUAUGUAAGUGGAAUAUUCCUUUAAGUGGAAAUAUAAUAGACUUUCUCUUUAUUGAAAUAAUAAAUAUCUCUAGCACAAAACUAAAAACACCCUUUUAAAAAUAAAGGUGCUACACGAUGCCAUAAAAGAACCAUUUUUGUCUAAAUGCUCCCAAAAAUAAUUUUUAAAUUCAAAAUGUGUAGUAAAAAGAUAUCUAAGAUUACAAAAUUUAAAGGGACACUCCACCCGCCGAUCUCCGGGGCUGGCGCUAGCAAUUUUAGCAUAGCUUAGCAUAAUCCAUUGAAUCUGAUUAGACCAUUAGCAUCGUGCUAAAAAUAAUCAAAAUGUUUGGAUAUUUAUCCUAUUUAUAACUUGACUCUUCUGUAGUUACAUUGUGUACUAAGACCGACGGAAAAAUAAAAGUUGCGAUUUUCUAGGCAGAUAUGGCCAGAAUGAGAGUAUAGUAGCCAUAUCUGCCUAGAAAAUCCCAACUUUUAUUUUUCCGUCGGUCUUAGUACACAAUGUAACUACAGAAGAGUCAAGUCGUGGUCAAAAGUAUCAAUUUUUUUUAAAUAGCAAAAAUCAUUAGGAUAUUAUUUAAAGAUCAUGUUCCAUGAAGAUUUUUAGUAAAUUUCCUACCAUAAAUAUAUCAAAACUUUAUUUUUGUGAGUGGAUGUGGUUGCCAUGCACUUCAGUUUUAAAGGUGAUUUUCGAAUAGUUGUAUCUCGGCCAAAUAUUGUCCUAUCCAAACCAUACAAGCUAAUUUAUUCGAUGUAUAAAUCUCAAUUUAAAAAAAAUGUACUCUUCUUUUAUGGUCCAGGGUCACUAAUGGUAUGAAAUAAAUACCUUUCACUGAAUGGUUCUUUGAGGAACCAAAAUGGUUCUUCUAUGACAUCGAGCUCUUGUAUAGCUCAGUGGUAGAGCGUUGCAUUAGCAGCGCAAAUAAUCAUGAAUUCGAACCCAGAAAACAAAUACUGACAUAAAAUAAAUAAAUAAAUAAAUGUAUAGCUUGUAAUGCUGUAAGUCGCUUUGGAUAAAAGCGUAAAUGCAUCGCUGUGAAAAAUCUUUCAAGCACCUUUAUUUUUAAGCGUAAAGGAAACACUAUCUAUACACUGUUAGCAAAAAAAAUGAACCAAUUGACUAAUAAUGAUUUAUCAAGGAUAAUCUAGAUUUUUAUACGAGAUUAGCUUUUGUAUUUUUAUACUAAAAAAAAGAUUUACUGUAUCUAAAAGUCCAUAAUUCAUGUUAAUUCUUGCAAUGCCCAAGAUCUGAUAUGCAUCCAAUGAAAUUCCCGCUGUGCAAUCUGAUAUGUGAGAGUGAAUUUACAUUAAACACAUUUUACUAUACAUACAUGUGAAGCACUUUGUGUCACUGGACCGAACAUAUUAGCGCUAUAAUGAAAGACCAGCUGAAGGUGAAUGAAACUGAUUUCAUUGAAUGAAUGCCAAGGGUUUAUAUACAACGGCUCCACUGCCAUUGUUUUCCUCACUUUAAGAGAAGGAGGUUAUGUGUAUACUGUAUAUUAUAUAAAGGUUUAUGCUAUAGUUUGGUGGUUGUGUCCAUCAGAAGCCUGGUACAUACCUCAUUUUCUCAUUUACUGUAUUAAAGAUUUUAUUGAAUUAGAAAAUAAAUCCAAACUCUGAGCAUCGUAUGAUGUGUUAACAUACUGCUAAAUGUCCAGAAUAUAUGUACAAAACAACAGUGUAACUGUGUAGCUGUAUAUAAUCUGUAUCAUGUUUAUUUAGGGUAUUUUUUGUAAUCUUUUUUUAUUUGAACUAAAAACUUGCGAGAGUUCUGAACUGCAUGUAGAAAUCUUAAAGUCUGCAUGCAGAAUCUUCUCUCUGUAUGUUUUGUUUACAUGUGUAAGAUGGAUGGAUUUCUGUAUUUAAAAAGAGUUUUUUAAUAAAUAGAGUCCUAUGUAAGUAGAUGGGUCACAUCAGAUCCUUUUCACCGUUGUCUCAAAUCUAUAACAAACCAUUCAACCAUUCCAAACCUCGAUUAAACCGAAACGCUUUUCAUUACUGCAACUGAUACGAAUGUAAAUAUCUAUAGACGAAUUCUUGUGAUCAAACAAUAACAAUAAAAGUGUGAAUGCAAUGUUGACCAAUAGAAAUAUAUCUAUAUGAAAAUGUUAUAAUGCAAAAGUUGUAUUAAUGUCGAUCAAACCUCGUCUGGUUCUGUAUGUACAAGAGACUGUUGGUUUUGAAUGUUCUCGUGAUGUUUUGUGAUUAUUAAAGUGAGUAUCUUCUACAAAUGUC